AAGUAAUUACAGAGAUUCGUAGAGCACAGGACAAACAGCCUGCAGAACUGGCCGUCACCAGGCAAUCUGCAGAGCUGAGACUUCUGGCACCGAAGCUGCCCUCUCACUAGCCCUGUGGGUGUGGCAGAGGAAUUUGAUCUUUGGGCCAUAACCGUCCACAGGAAGAGCCAGUCACAGUCACAUUCCAGCCUCUGUCCUUCUUUCACUUUUGAAGCUGAUGGAUGGGCCUACAGAGGACAGCGCUUCCAUUACAUAUAAAAUAUAUUCAUUUAAUGAAAAGCUCAGGGGCGGGCUGGAGUUAACCCCUGCGGCUCCCUGAGCCCUCCGGCAGGAUGGAUGUCACAGCCUGGGAAAGGGAAUCAGUCACCGGGAGCAGGCGCUCUGCCUAGGGAGAAUGGCUCUGGGUGCUAGUGAAGCAGGGAGCCCCCUGGAGAGAUUGGAACGGCUCAGACACGACUCCACAGGACUCCGCAGGUAGGGGGUUCACUCACUGCAACCCCAGCUGAAUUGCUCCCCUGGAUAGUUCCAGGCUGAUCAGUCAGACGAGCUGCUGCUAGCAACAGGCCUCGUUCCUGGAAUUUGGGGGAUAAACUUUCACUUUCCUACUGGGAUCGCAGCUGUGGCUGUAGAAAUGCUCACAGAAAUUCAGAGACCUGCCCAGUCCCUUCUCCACUGCCAGACCAAGCUAUGAUGAUGGGGAAGGUUCCCUCGUUCUCCCCAGGCUCCACAGCGAGCUCCGCUCUGCCCAGCUACGUCGCUCUCUGCCUCACUCUACAGGUUCACAGGCUGGUGUCAGCACAGUUCACAGUGACUGGACCUGACCGUCCAGUCACCACCUCCCUAGGGGGUGAGGCCAUCCUGUCCUGCCACCUCUCCCCCAGGAUGAGCGCUGAGAACAUGGAGGUGAGAUGGUUCCGAUCCAAGUACUCGGAGGUGGUGCACCUGUACCAGGAUGGGCAGGAUCAGUAUGGACAGCAGAUGCUGGAAUAUCGAAGAAGAACCGAGCUCUUGAAAGAUGAUAUCUCCAAUGGGAGAGUUUUCCUGAGAAUACGCAAUGUCCGACCCUCCGAUGAUGGGCAUUACGUGUGUUUUUUUAAGUCCGGUAUCUCUUAUGAAGAAGCUUUAUUGGAACUGCAAGUGGCAGAUUUGGGCUCUGCUCCUGCCAUCUCUGUGGAGGGACAUCAGGAUGGAGGGAUCCAGGUUGUGUGUCGAUCAUCCGGAUGGUACCCAGAGCCCAAGGUGCUGUGGAGAGAUCUCCAGGGGCAGCUCUUACCAUCAGCCUCUGAAGAAAUAACCCCAGAGCCCAAUGGCUUGUUUCAAACAGAGAUUGCCAUUGUUCUAACAGAAGAGUCCAACCAGAAAGUGUCCUGCUGUGUCAGGAACCCCCGACUCGACCAGGAGAGAGAGUCAGAGAUUUCCAUAGCAGAGCCAUUUUUCCCAAAGGUCAAUCCCUCGAAAGUGGCUCUCUGCGUGAUCCUGGCUCUCCUGGCUGUUCUCAUGACCUUGGCUGGUUACUGCUUCUGGAGGGAACACAGAGCAAUAGAGAUUCUGCGAUCUGAUAUGGAGAGCGAGAAAGAGACCCUGCUGUCUGAACGGGAAAAAGAGAAAGAGGCUCUGCAAUCUGAGAUGGAGAGCGAGAAAGAGGCUCUGCAAUCUGAGAUGAAGAGGCAGAAAGCGGAAUACGAGGCAGUGAAAGAACUGGGACUCGCCAGAGCUCGAGGAUACGCAGUGGAUGUGAUUCUGGAUCCAGACACGGCUCAUCCCAACCUCGUCCUGUCUGAGGAUCAGAAACAUGUGAGCCACGGAGACUGGGAUCCUCCCGACAAGUUUGAGGGACUCAAUCAUUAUAUCUGGGUCCUGGGCGCUGAGGGGUUCGCGGGCGGGAGGCGUUACUGGGAGGUUGAGGUGGGAGGCAAGAUAGGCUGGUACCUGGGGGUUUGUAGGGAAUCUGUGAGCAGGAAGGGGAAGGUCACACUCACACCUGAGGAUGGAUACUGGGUCCUGUGGCUGACGGGCGGAAUAUACCAGGCCCUCACCUCCCCCCCGACCUCCCUCCCCGUGAGCAUCAAGCCCAGCCGGGUGGGGAUUUUCCUGGACUACGAGGCGGGCGAGGUCUCGUUUUACAAUGUGACUGACAGGUCCCAGCUCUUCACUUUCACUGACACCUUCUCCGGGACGCUCCGCCCUUAUUUCAGUCCUGGUUACUAUGUUUGGGGUACAAACGCGGAUCCCCUGAAAAUCUGCCUGGUCUCAGCUGAGGCCGGAGGGAAUCUUGGUCCCUCACAGUGACCCUGCGGCACAGACUGACCCCCCCAGCGCUGCUGCUCCUCCAAUCGAGAUUCCAAUCGAGAACCGGACACUGGGCAACCCCAGCCCAGGCUGGGUGAAUGCGUCCCACUUGCUGGAAGGAACCAAACAGAUUUUCCCCCCUCCCCCUAUGUUUGCUCCACCCCAGCACAGGGUGAUUCUGGUAAGAAAUACGGCCAGACAGCGAGUGGUUUUUGCCGCCCUCACCUUUCCCCGUCCUCUGCCCCAAGGGUAGCAGAUGGUGGUGGAUGGGGAUCAUUCACACCUGUCAGAAUUUUCUACCCCGUGAAUCUCAAUGUAAAAUAUGAAAGAAAAAAUAUCAUUCUAAUUUAGAAAAUGUUAUUAUUGUCACAAGGUGUAAAUGCAAGAACAUUUUCAUUGACAUUUCAAAAACAAGCAUCUAAACAUUUUUUUAGAAAUGGAAUUAUUUACAUUUAUUUUUUUAAUUCUUCCCUCAAAUCUAUAUUGAAGUUUAACUUCUCUAAAUAGUAUAAUUCAUAUUUCAGCUGUGGAAUUUCAAGAAAUCCAAAAUAUUUGUCUUAACAAAAAAAAUUAUUAAAUUAUCAGACAGGGUUGCUCAGUUACAAUGUACAUGUGUCAUAAACAUCACAACUGCACACAUGUGCAGCUGCUCUCGCUCUCUUUUCCUCUCUUUAUUGUCUUGACUGGUUCUCUCUGGAAGUCAAGGCACAUACACCAACCUCCUGCACUACACCUUUGACAAUUAAUUGGUGAAAAAAUGAUAGAAUUAAUUAAGCAAUAUAUUUAAGUUAACUCACACAAGAUUAUAAAAUAGUCUUUGAACUUCUGUUAGUAUUAAUUCAUGUGAUUUUUAACUUUCUAGCUUCAUAUAACCAGUAAUCAAGACAUGACCCUUCCUUUCUUGUUCUCACAUCAAUUAAGAAAACACGGUCCCAAACCUCAAAUGCUAUCUUAUAUAUAGAAAUCUCUUCUACAAUAUCCUUUUCUUAGUUUAUUUUUCUUUAGAAAUAUUAUUUGCAGGCAAUGUACUGUCAGUGUCCACUGUUGAUUUCAAUGUACUGCUGGGCUCUUCGUGUUCUUGGUUCUAAGGAUGAAAGAAAUGUAGUCUGGUAAAAAAAAAAACAGAGACAAGGUUGUAUUCCUUUACUGAAUCAUCAUAAAUUAAGUUAAUUGUAUUAAAGACACUGGCACUUGAUGACACAUAACAUGAAAUUUGGUGAUGCUUUAUUAGGAAACCUUUCUUCUUGGCCAUAAAUCAGUCAAAAGGAUGAUAUUUUGUUGUCAUGUGAGGUUUAGAGUACAAAGAAAAUAAAGUUACCCCAGGAAAUUCAUCACAAUUCCUCUGGGUUCUCUGUCUACCACCUUCUGGAAUGCUCU